AUGGGAAAUAAUCAAAAUAAUAAUAAUAAUACAGCUAAUCAUUAAAGUGUGCAACAUUUAACUAAUGAUCCUAAUUAUUAAUAAGUGCUUAGAGAUUUAUAUUAAAAUAAUCCAUAAUAAAUAAUAUAGGAUUUUCCAUAAUAUCUAUAAAAUUAAGAUUAACAUCCAGCUAGAUUUAAACAUAAUGUAGAAGUCAAGAAAGUUGUUCCAAAAUAAAAUAAUACUUAUAUUAAAAAAGAUUCAUUUAAAUUGGUAUAUAUAGAAUAUAUAUAAUAUCAGACAUAAAUUGAUGCUAGCACUUAUUAAAUAGAAUUUGUUUUCGAAUGUUCAGAGCCUAUGACACUUAAAAUUCAUUUAUUAGCUGUUGAAACAAUUAAUAAUGAAUUUAUAACAUAAAAAAUUAAUGCCUUUUAAUAAAAGACAUACAAUUUUGAACCAGUUUCAGGAUAUAAAUUUGAUUAGUUUUAAUUUGAUAUACGAUAAAUAAAACUAGAAGAUUUAGAAUAUACAAAUUAAGAAAAACGAUAAUAUCCAUUAAUAAUUGAGAUGGUAAUAAUCUAAUAAUAAAUAUAGGAAACAUAAGAAAAAUAAUUAUUUUAAUACUGUUUUUUCAAGUUGAAUUAAAAUGAAAUAUAAUUAUAAACAUUUGAGAUUAAAAUGUAAAAGAAUGGAAAAGCUUUUAGUGUAAGAGAUGUUUAUGGAGGAUAAAAAGAUUAAGAUAAAGAUUGUGUUAUAUGUUUAAGUAAUAAAGUAAAUACAUUAAUUUUACCAUGCAAACAUAUGAGUUUAUGUUAAACUUGUUGUUAAGGAUUAAAAGAAAGAAGUUCUAAAUGUCCAAUAUGUAGAAAUAGAAUAAGUAGCUUUAGAAUAAUUAUGAGAGGACAAUGA